AAUAACUUACUCAGCAUAAAAUUUUAAAUAUGUGUUCCUCUACAGCCUUUGCCCCCUGACUCCUCAAUUUUCAAUCUUUGAUUAUGAUGAUUAUUUAGUAGCCCUACAUUUGAAAUAUGACAAUUAUUUUCGUAAAUGAUUUGUGUUUGGCAUUUAGCUCAAUUUGAUAAAAUUUUAUAAAAAGUAUUGAGGAAACACAAUUAUUUAACGGGCUAAUGCUAAUCAACAACAUUAGAAUCAGAUUAGUGUCAAAUGUGUCAAAAUUUUUCACCAGAAGAAAAGUUUGGUUAGAAACUAUUGAAAAUGCCGAAAACUGCAGGUCAUGUUCUAGUUUUCAGGACUAUGUGCGGGAAGCGAAAAAAAAAUUUCAAAAGGAAAACAAGAGUAAGGAAAUGAAAGAAGUCAUUGUUGAAGCACCGAUAAGGGACGAUUGCCCGUUAGAUAAAGAACAACUUGGACGAAACACAUGGAGUUUACUUCACACAAUCGCAGCCAAAUAUCCAGAAAAUCCCUCCACCAUGGUGCAAAAGGAAAUAACAGACUUUUUUGCAAUUUUUUCAAACAUAUAUCCGUGUGAAGUUUGUGCACAUGAUUUCAGGGAAGAAUUGAGGAGGGAUCCUAUUGAAACUACAUCACAAGAAGCUCUAUCCCAGUGGCUAUGUAGGAUGCACAAUAAGGUGAAUGUAAAAUUAGGUAAAGAGUUAUUUGAUUGCUCAAAAGUAAACGAGAGGUGGAGAGAUGGUUGGCUGGAUGGAUCAUGUGAAUACCGUACUAGAGUGGAGUAGUACAUGUUAAUUAUUAUUCGAUAUUUAAGUGAUACAAGUAUUUUAUCUAUGAGAAAUGAGAAAGCAUUUAUUAUAGUCAAUUGAAGAUUCUUUUGUUAUUGCUGAUAUUGCAAAAUAAAACCAGUAUUUGAAUUUA